GGGAAAGAUGGGAAAAGCCGCAAAGGAGCACAUGAGCAGACUACUAAGUUCUCAUCUGAAUAACAUUCAUGAGACCUUACAGGUUCUCUAUCAAACACCUGCUGCUUCUCUGGAAAAGGUAAGUUGGGACGAGGUAAUACAAAUGGGGGAGCAAGUAUCAAAACAAGCUACAGUAGCUGGAGUGCUAUGGACAGGAGAAGCACCGGAUGUGAAAGAGCUGGAGGAGAACAUGGGAGUAUAUUUCAACAUGCUUCAGGGUCUCCUUCUACUUACCCAUGGGAGUACUGUGGGUGCUGGUCCAACCCUUUGUUCUAGCACCCAUGCAUCCGCACAGCAAAUUGUUAACUGCAGCUUUUCAUUAAUGAAAGAGGCUGUUACUUCUUUUGGAUCUCGUAACAAAGAUGGUAAGUUGUCAAUCCCACAUUUGGCUGGCACUGUUUGGGAUGCUUGUAAUGCUCUUAAGAAGGCUCCAACCACGAACUACACCGCCAUUGGACGAGCAAUAACACAGGUUGCAGUAUCAGUCAAGGAUGUAUUGCGUGAAAUGAAAGAGCUCAAGCCAGCUUCUUCUGAUCCAGCAGAUGAAAUGCACAAUGAGGCUGCUGCAGAUGCAGAAAAUGAACCAGAUAAUCAUGAAAGUUCAAGUGAGAGUGAUCUUGGUAAUGAUCUGUCCUCUGAUGAGAUGAAAAUUGCCCAGUUGGCCAUUGAUGUGGUAUCUGACACACUCAUUGUCCUCAAGGAACUUAUCCGCUUCAUUAGCAGUCUGCUUAAACUGUUAGAUUCCAAUAAAAACAGUCACUCUGUUGAUUCCUUGGAGAGGUUGUUAAAAAUCUCUCAAGGGAUUGGGGUUCAGGUUGAUGAGCUCGGAGCUAGUCUCUACCCCCCACAGGAGGUUCCUGCAUUGAAAACAGCAGCAGAGAAAAUUUCUGUUGGAAUUAAUGAAAUGAAGGCAGAAGUCAGCAGCUUUAUAGGACCCUCAGAAGGAUUCUUGCAGGCAUGCGAAGCUUUAGACAGUUCAGUUAGAGUGCUUGAAUCUAAAUUAAGCUCGUCAACCCCAGAUACUACUGAUCUACAAACCAAAAUGCAAAGUGUUUCUAUCAGCAUGUAAAGAACAGUUAGUAUGAACAUCUUACAUGACUGAAUUCUGGUCGUACCAUUUCAUGUUGCUGAUAAAUUGCCUGUGUGAUAUAAAGUUAUCUGGACUCGGUUGCAGUGUAACAGUGUUCUGCUUUAAAUUUUGAG